CCGCAAGGCACAGGUAGAUUCCCUCAAAGCAGGCCCCGAAGGGGUGCCCGAAGGGACCCCCUCAUCUGCGAAGUGAGAGAAGUUCUCAGCCAGCACCCAUGGCACUCAGAGCCUAUUCUCAAAGGAAACAUUCCCCAAACCCACCCAGACUAAAGGUCUUUUUCUCCCCGUAGUCUUGGUGGGGGAUAAAUCAUCCCUUAGACAGUUUGCUCUGACCCAAAUUAUGCGGUUUGCUGCCAUCUACCGUCCAUUUGCAGACAUGCGGCUUUGGCACCACAAGCCCCGCGACACUGCCUGGAACCGUCCCCAACGCCUGGGGUCCCCGCUGCUCGGGUUCGGCGGGAUUCUGGGGAUUUUGGCCCAGACUGUCGCUUUCCGCUGGAUCUUGGUUCCCGCCUGCCCACGUGUGGAUUAGAGAACAAGCGGCCCCUCUCCCUCCCCAGCCCCAUCCCAGCUCCAAACCUGGAGGCUGACUGGGGAAGCGGCUUUCUCUAGGGCAUAUUCUAAAAAGACUAAUGCUACAUCCCUUGGGCAGGGGGCCCUGAAUCAAAGGGUUAGGGGCUCGGAGUUGUGAGCCCUCUCCCCUCUACCGACUCCAAGAGCAAGAGGGGAUCAAUAGGGCCGAUACGGAGAUCCGAGGCCAAGGCUGCUCAAGGUUUAUUUGGUUUUCUUUUCGGCCAAGGGAGGGGGCGGCCAGGGGAGGCGCCGUCCCCGGCAGUUCCACUCGGUUGUCAAAAGACAAACUGGGUCUGUGUUCUCCGUGUUGGCUGGUGAGUCUUGCCAGUUCCUUGGCCGGUUGAGUCUGUCGUGAAGGAAUUGAGCCGAGUUUUCUGGAAACUGCUGGUGUCUGCAAGUGAGUGUGGGUCCCCUCCCCUGUUUUCCAAUCAUUUCAAGUGAAAUCGACGCAAAUACACUUGGGAAAAAAAAAUGAGGAAUGGGAAUGGGGAUCAAUCAUUAAGGAACCAAACCAUUGUAACUUCCCUUCCUUCGGGACCCCUCACACCCGCUUAAGCUGACCGUUUUCCCAGAAGGGGGUGGCUGGCGAGGAGGGGGGAUCUGCGCCGCUGCCGCCGUUUGAAUAUUGGCCCCUGUCUCACGGGUUACUGAUUAGCUCGGGCUUUCAAGCCGCAGGAGGAAGCUCUGGCUGCUCCUUUCAAGGUGCUGUGGCCCCAGUUCCUGGGCGGGGGCUCCAGGAAAUUGCCUGUGGUGCCAAGCAGGCUGAGGUGUUACCAGGGUCUGGCCAGGAGCUGAAGGCGCUGCCGAGGUGGAGGGGCCCAGCAGUACUGGGGGCAAACUCAGGGGCUGCGACCCCUGAGCCUUGGUGCCUCUGGGAAUCUGGACCCCAGGAGCAGCCCUUUCAGCUUUUCGGCAGAGAGUGACUUUCUGGCGGCUGGAAGGCCCGGCCAGUGCGGGAGGCCCCAAGGGAUCGAGCUCUGCAAGGCUCCUCAGAGAUUUUUUUUUUCUUGUGGGCAAUCUGAAGGACAGGUAGGGAGGGGAAUGAGCCUGGUACAAAGGGUGGAAACACGUCAGGGCUCCUAGGGUGCCCAUGGACCCGGAGAGAGGGAGCUGAGCACCGCUGUGGCUCCACCAUCACCCCCCACCAGAGACGCUGCCGCUCAUUUGCAUAAUGGAAAUGAUGUCUUUGAACCGGGCGCUUUGGACCAGCCAAUUUCAAGGCAAUGUCCCCUCCAAAGAGCUCUCAAAGAUUGGAAGCAGCCGCACUGCUCCCUCGGGGACCGUUUAUGCUCCCCAAACCCAGAGAAUCACAGAGCAUAGGGGAAGAAUUGGGUUGAGAUAUUUGGAUUCACCCCACUCCAGCCAGACUUGGGAGUAGGGUGGGGGAAGGUGCCCACAGCCCGAAGAGCUAGGGGUGCGGGGAGCUUUGCAGCUGAGAGGAUGUGGGGGAGCCUGGAUAAUGUCUCAAUCUCCUUUGCCUCCACACACCUACUGGCAAAUAUCCUCCUGGAGAUUACCGACCGGUACAGGAGAAUUUUACUCCGGAGCUGAACACAGCUCAGACAUUUCCCUGGGAGCUGGAAUGUGUGUUUGUCCGCAGGACUUCAGAUUCACAGCUCAGAAAAUUACAAUUAUAAAUCCUGCCUGUGGGGUUUCUAUACAAUCCUUCUGUUGUGUACUCAAGAGUUGGUACACAUGUAUAUUCACCUCCUCGUUGAGCAGGGAGAGACACUCAGAGCAGCCGAUGGUGCUAUGUAUUUGUGUACUCCCCUUUGGAGACAGACCGACAGCGGUGAUGGAACCACAGACAGAUUCCUAGAGAUCUGGCUCCAGAAACCAGGCAGCCUCUGGCCCAGCCCUGCCUGCCUGCUCUUUCUCCCAAACAAACGGAUCAGACGAAUAAACGCUCAUAAAUACCUCUGGGCUUAGAUAAGAGCGAUGAGGCGCUAUUUCCUUUCAUGCUGGACUCCAGGCGCCCAGGCCCUGCCUUUGCGGCUCCAUCUCGCGACAGGCAACCUGCAGAGGUGAGGUUAAUUUGGGGCUAUGACUCUUAGGAUAAGGCGAUUAUUUUCCGUGCCUUUAUCACAGGGGAAGGCUUCCUCCCUCACUGAAGCUAAUGUUGCCCACGGCUUCCAGUUCUCAUGUGAGGACGCUGUGGCCAGUGGGGUGGCAGGGAGGGCUGAGGCCCAAGGCUCAACCUCAGUGGCAAGAAGGAGGGAGAUACACGAGGCACUCUGCCCACUUUGCUCCUCCUGCCCAGAUGUUCCCCAUUCCUCCCAGGAGUGGGCUUAAUCAUAGCUGGAUUGGAGGCCUCAUGACUCCAUCAUAAGGAGGCUUCAGUUUAUUUUCUUCAGCCUUGACAAGACCCCCAUAGAGCUGGGCUAGGAAGUGUUGGUAGGGCAACUGGGAAUAGCCACUUAGCCUAGAAGUUGUCCUAAGUUCAGGGAGCCUUGUAGGCUGCUUUGCAGGCAACUACGUUCCCAUCCUUGGUCACCAGCGACAGCCCUCUACCACUUCUCCUAGGGUCUUGUGCCAUCUUCCAUGGGCAGGGUUGGCCCACCAAAAAAGGAGCCCAAAGAACAAGCCAGAGGAGAGUCAGCUUGGCCCCUUCAUCAUCAGAUUUCUGGCCCACACCCUGGCCCAUUCCUGGCCCCAGGCCUGAAGGUUGUCACUCUUUAUUCCUGGCCUCCAUGUGCACGCCAGCAUGUUGAAAACACACCUUGGCUCCGUCUUCCAGCCUGGCUCCAAAGCUCAUUUUCCUUCGAUGAGAGAGAGUGAGACAGUCAGAGGUGUACAUUCUCACUCACACCAAAGCUUGUAGGCAGCAAGCCGGUGAUACAAACAUGAGAUGUGGGAGGGAUUGCAGAGAUGCUGAGUGACAGACAGAAGGGUGGUGAGCAUCUGGAGAGGGGAUACGGAAUGGAAUGAUAGUUGUAAGCUGCCUGCUGAGACCCAAAGCCCCUCCCUCCUUAUAAAACUAAACAAAAACCAAGUCUUGAGGAAGAAUUAAUUUUUAAAAAAGACCUGCCAGUUUCUGGAGAGACCUGGAAAAGGAGCAAGGGUUCCUCUCUUUCCAGUGGUCUGAUUGCCUCCAAUAUCAGGAGGGUUGAAGGACCCGGAACUGGAGGAGGAACAAUUUCUUCCCUGUACCCAGACUGACGGAGACACUUUUGAUUCCUAAGAAUCUGUAGCCCAGGAUACUCUAAUGUCUUUGGGGUUAGGAGGUGGGCAGGAAAUGAGGGUUGCAGGCAGGAUAGGGAUCAGACAAAGGUAGGCUGGGGGGUGCCUCUCACCCCCAAGUGGAGACAGGACCAGCCCCUCUUCCCAGUGCCCCUUCUUUCCUGUGCCAAGAGCAAACAGGACACACUAGAAUCAGGCAAGAUGUCUCGGGCAGCGGCAGCCAUAGCCUUCCAAGAAGCUCCCAGCCUAGCACAGCCAGAAGGAGAAGCUUGGGCUCAGACUCUCCUCCCAUUUUCAGGCCCUCUGGGUCCUCUGGGCAGCGGGCUCUGGCCUGCCCCCAGCCCAUAACAGCAAUAGAGAAGUAGGAAUAAUAAACCCAGGCUUGGAAAAGUCGGGGUAGAUCUGGGAAGCAGAAAAAAACGGCUUUCAAAAUCUGGGAAGAAGAGGGUUUCUUCUUCACCGCUUCUCUCUUUCUGAUAACGAUGCUAAUCAGAGGAGAACUCUUCCUCCCUGCUUUGAACACAAAACGCCAGGAACCAGCCCUGUCCUUUCCUUUAGUUCUCGUCCAAGGAGAUUGAGAUUCAAGAUUUGGAGACAUUUAUCCACUUUCCCUUGAGGGAAGGGGGCUCAAGCAACGCAGGGGUUAACUUUUCUGAAAACACAAUUAACUUUUUCCUAUUCCGCGUGGGGAGGGGAGGGAUAUAUUUAUUUAAUCACUGGGGGAUGGGGUGGUCUCAAUCCAAGUGCUGCCUCCUCCCUCAAAAGCACAGACGCCUCUUUCGCAGAUCCUACGUAGGUGGAACAGGACGCGUUGUGCUGUUGGGGAGAGAGAGAAGGCAGAAGGAGAAGAAGGAGGGGGAAAAAAAGGUUGAUAGGUUUGUGCGCGGGUCCCUCGCGCGGGCUGCGCUCCUCCUGGGUGCUAUUUGCCAAUUCCUGCUUCUGCCAUUGGUCAGUGUUGGAUCAGAUGGUUGUAUUUCCUUCUGGCCCUCACUGGCACCUCGCCAUCCCCCCUCAGCUAAAACCCAAUCUCAGAUAUACUACUAAUAGGCGCGGCGCUCGGACUAUAAAACACAACAAAUCAUAAACCCGGCGGAGCAGCAGCGGCCGUGCGCGCCUCCCCUCCCAAUGAGUUCCUAUUUCGUGAACUCCACCUUCCCCGUCACUCUGGCCAGCGGGCAGGAGUCCUUCCUGGGCCAGCUCCCGCUCUACUCGUCGGGCUAUGCGGACCCGCUGAGGCACUACCCCGCGCCCUACGGGCCGGGGCCCGGCCAGGACAAGGGCUUUGCCGCUUCCUCCUAUUACCCGCCGGCCGGCGGCGGCUACGGCCGAGCGGCGCCCUGCGACUACGGGCCGGCGCCAGCCUUCUACCGAGAGAAGGAGUCGGCCUGCGCGCUCUCAGGCGCCGACGAGCCGCCCCCGUUCCACCCCGAGCCGCGGAAGUCCGACUGCGCGCAGGACAAGAGCGUGUUCGGCGAGGCAGAGGAGCAGAAGUGCUCCACCCCGGUCUACCCCUGGAUGCAGCGGAUGAAUUCAUGCAACAGUUCCUCCUUUGGGCCCAGCGGCCGGCGCGGCCGUCAGACCUACACGCGCUACCAGACGCUGGAGCUGGAGAAGGAGUUUCACUACAAUCGCUACCUGACACGGCGGCGGCGCAUCGAGAUCGCGCACGCCCUAUGCCUGACCGAGCGGCAGAUCAAGAUCUGGUUCCAGAACCGGCGCAUGAAAUGGAAAAAGGAGAGCAAACUGCUCAGCGCGUCUCAGCUCAGUGCCGAGGAGGAAGAAGAAAAACCAACCGAAUGAAGGCGCUGGAAGUGGGGGCGGGGGGACGCGAAGGGAGAGGCCUGUGGGGAGCCGGGGGCCUCGGAGAGCCCCCAAGGAGGCUCUGCAGGCGGGGGAGCCUGGGGACCUGCUCUUCGGCCCACGACGGGCGGGGCCCAGGGCUCUCCUGGACGCCCCCCACCUGCAGAGCUCUCGCUGGGUGCUGGGAGGUCCUGCCGCCGGAGCCCGGCCAGCAUCCCCGCGCCCCCUCCAUCCCCGCGGAACCGCCUCAGCCCGAACAGGCUCCCUCGUGAGAACUGAGGACCGGACUCUUUUGAUGUUUCCCGGAAGCAGAGCAAAAUGCUCUUGUCCGUGUCGCGUCUCAUUUCGUCCAUGUCCCCCUGCACUGUUCAAUGCUGUAGAUUCGCAGUCCCCUCAGCGGGGGCCUCAAAGAUUCCCUGACCCCAGACCUCUCUCCCGCCCCCUCCCCAAAGCCACUGGAAGGAGCACAUACUACCUAGAAGUAAGAAGAGGAGCCUCAGAAGAAAACAAAGUUCUAUUUUAUUAAUUUUC